AUGGCCGCGUUCAUCGCCGCUAAUUUGAAUCCAUUCAACUAUUUUGGAGGUGUAAGAUUUCGGCCAGAAACUGAUAUCCCCGAUCUGAGCGGAAAAGUCAUUCUCAUAACAGGCGGCAACACCGGUCUCGGCAAGGAGACUGUUCUUCAACUAGCCCGGCACAACCCGCGCAAAAUCUAUCUAGGAGCUCGGACUGAGUCCAAAGCCGUCGAUGCUAUCAAAUCUAUCAAAGAGGCUACCUCGAGCGAAGUGGAUAUUGUCUGGCUACCAUUGGACCUGACAUCCACCAAUUCAAUCCGCAAUGCUGCCGAAAAGUUUCAAGCCGAGACCGACAGAUUGGAUCGACUCAUUCUGAAUGCCGGUGUCAUGGCUCUUCCUCCAGGAGAAACAGAGUUGGGCCAUGAGAUUCAGCUUGGGACCAACCAUACAGGGCAUUUUAUGCUCACCAAGUUGCUCAUGCCGACCCUGCUCAAGACAGCCGAGGCGUCGGACUCAGACGUGCGAAUAGUAUCGCUCUCAUCAGUCGCGCAUAAUCUCGCUCCCUCUUUUGAGACCAUCCUUGAUCAGGGGAAGUUGAAGAAGGUCAACACAAAUUCGCGCUAUGGAGCAUCGAAGGCUGCAAAUAUACUCCUCGCAGCCGAGCUCAGCCGCCGAUAUCCAUCAAUCACUUCGGUGUCCGUUCAUCCCGGUGUGAUCUUGACGGAUCUGUAUGAAUCAAUGAAUAGCCGCUCCGUCCUGUUGAAGUGGGGCCUGAAAUUGCUGCGAUUUUUUGGCUCCUCGAUUCCACAAGGUGCCUUGAACUCGCUUUGGGCCGCCGCCGGCGCGAAAAAGGAUGACCUGCGCAAUGGAGCAUAUUAUGUUCCGGUCGGCAAUUGCAAGCCACGCGACAGAUAUGUUCGAAAGACGGAUAUGGCUAAGCGUCUGUGGGACUGGUCUGAAAGCGAGGCCAGAAAGGCAGGGUUAUGA